CUCCUAUGUUAAAGCAUAGGCCUCCAUGAUAUAUAUAUAUUUUUUUCUCUCUCUCUCUCUCGCGCCAGUUUUAUUAUCAUUAUUAUAAAACAGAUCCAUGUGGUUCAUGUGUUGACAGUUUGACACCUCACACCUGACAGCAAGUCGACUGUGAUACAAAUCGAAUUAAAAUCAUAAAUUAGAAAAGGAUAGAAAAAAAAAUAUUUUAUUGCUGCUAUUUGUUGAUUGAUUACGAAAAUAUUUUAAUUUUUUUCAUCAUUGACACUUUGACAAACCGAACCAAAAAACCUAACCUGGUCAAAUGUCAAUGCCAGCCUCGUCAUAUAUUCAAUAUUCAUUUCACAAAUUUAAGCACAUUUAAGCACAAUUGGUACAAUAGUCAUUAUUGAUAAAAUAAAAUAGUGCAAACAGCUACAAUAAAUAAAUAAAAACAUUAUUAAAAAGGUAGUACGAAAAUUGCAUAAUAUGGCGUCUGUUGAUGAUAUGUCUGAUUGUCAUUGUACAUUGGGUUAUAAAAUGACCAUACGUUCAAGUGAUUCAUCACCUUGUUUACCUGCAGAAAAUGAUUUGGUUGAUAAACCAUUGGAUCAGUCAUCACGUUGGUCAUCAGAAAAUGAUAAUCAUCCACAGUAUAUUGUAUUGAAACUUGAUUAUCCAUCAAUAGUCAAGUCAAUAAUAUUUGGUAAAUGUCCAAAUAAAAAUGUAUGUUUAAUGAAAAAAUUUAUAAUAUAUGGAGCAUUGGAAUAUGAUCAAUGGACAAAAUUAUUGGAAUCUACAUUAAAAAAUGAUUAUGCAGGAGAAUCAUUUGAAUUAAAACACACAAUUGGCUGUGAUGAUAUAUAUUUUCCAAUUCGUUAUAUCAAAAUAGUACCUCUUGAAGCAUGGGGUCCAAAUUUUGAUAUUUCAAAUUACUUUUUUUGCGUUAAUGGGAUUUACAACAAAUUAUGUGUUGAUAAAUGCAUUGAUAAAGUCAAAAAUUAUCUCAAAGAUGUCAAAAAACCAACUGACAUAAUGAAAAAGAAAAAAAAACUAUUACCAAAAAAAUUACCAACAAAUGACAGUAAUUCUGAAACACCAUCAGAAGAAAUACUUGAUGAUUUAAAUGAUAAAAAACCAAUAAUUAUUGAAUUUUCAAAGUCAACUAUUGAUAACAUUGAAAAAAAAUUUACAACAUCAUCAGGAAUUCAUGAAAACGAGUCAAACUAUCUAGAAUGGAAAAAAGAAAAUAUAUUGUUAGAAACAUGUGGUUUUGAUGAUUUACAAAAUUUAAUAAAACCCGUUAUCCGAGAUGAAUAAUGUUUUUUGUGUUGCUUCCUUAUUUGGUGGAUAAUAAAAAAAAAACAUAAAUUAUUUAUUGCCAUUUAAAAGAGAUUGUAGACAAAAUGUAUUUAAGAAAAAAAAAAAAUAAUAAUAAUGCUUCCAGUUGUUUGUAAAUUUACUGCAAGCUAAUAUUUAUUAUUAUUAUUAUAUUUCCAAUGUCAUGUACAUGAAUAAAUAAAUAAAUUUAUACUUGUAAUAAA